AUGGCGAAACUGCCUAAGCCUCCCAAGUCGUUUCCUAUAAAAUCCACCAUACCGACGAAGCCUGCCGCAGCACUGCCCAGGCGAAUUCCCCGAACGCAGCCGACGGCUGAGCAUCUGCUACGAGUACCCGAGAACCAGACACCCGAACAAGCAGCGAAGAGAGUAUGGGCGGCACGACCAAGGCUAUCUGAUCUCCAGCGGCUGUCGGAUGAAGAGUUGAGGUCGGCACAGCACCAGGCCAAGCUACGACAAUGGAGACAAUGGCCCAUGUUCGGCAUUGGCCUGAUCGCAUUCGGAAUGGGCACAUACGCAACAAUGCUCUGGACAUCGCUGACUCAUGAGGCCGAAUCGAAAGACCUACCGGCGGAUCUUUCUGAUCGGUUUGACAAGGAGGCUGAGGGAUACGACGAGAAAGUGGAUACAUCGGAGAUGCUACUCUUCCUAACUCGGAAGCGCAAGAAGCUCACGGCCAUGGCAAAGGGACACGUGUUGGAGGUGGCCGUGGGUACAGGCAGGAACAUACCCUAUUACAAGACGAAGCAAUGCGCAACGGUAACGCUGCUGGACUCGAGUGGGCCUAUGCUAGAGGUUGCGAGGCGGAAAUGGAACGACACGCACAAGGAGUACUUUAGCCGCGUCUUUUUUAAGCAUCAGUCAGCCAUUGAUCCAAUAACGCCUCCGUACGGCGCACAAGAUGGAUACGACACGGUUUUGCAGACGAUGGGGUUAUGUUCGACGCCGGAGCCCGUCAAGCUACUGCAGAAUCUAGAAGCGUCGACUAAUGAGGAUGGGCAGAUACUGCUUCUGGAGCAUGGAAAGUCGCAUUACGAGUGGCUCAACAAGAUGCUAGAUAAGACGGCCCCCGCACAUGCCGAUGAGCAUGGUUGCUGGUGGAACAAGGACAUUGGCAAGAUUGUCGAGGAGAGCGGGUUGGAGGUUGUCGAGAUGAAGCGCUACAACUUUGGCACGACGUGGUGGCUCCAAUUGAAGCCGAGAAAAGGCAUACGGCAGAAGCGGACUACGGCAGGUUCAGGUGAGCAGCCGGGGACUGCGCAGACCGGGCCGGCAGUUGUUGAACACAAGCCAUGGUGGUGGUUGUGGAGUUGA